AUGAAAUCUAUGCGUGAAAUGGACUCCCCUUACAGGCUGGAACUCUCGGACAUCGCCGCCUCGCACAUUGGCAGCUUUGAUGCGUUCUUAGACACGUACUCCAAACGCAUAGUAGAGUGUCUACCGCCCGUAUAUGUCGCACCAAACUACAAUCAGAUGCUCCACGAAUUGAACAGCGGGACCGCCGCUCCAGACUACGUCAAGUUUUUCAUAAAGGACGUGAGGAUAGGCUACCCCAGGCGAAACGACUGUACGGACGAUGCUGACGAGCGGUUGUACCCGCUCCAAGCCCGAAUAUCGCACACUACGUACUCCGCGCCCAUCUACGUGACGUUUGCCCUUCAGUCCACUAGCGGGGGCGUCGAAUGCAGCCAGAUCGUACACAAGGAGCUGCUUGCAGGGCAGAUUCCGGUGAUGGUAAAGUCCAAGCGCUGUAAUUUAUGCGGCCUGACUGGGGAUGAACUGGUGGCAAGAGGGGAGGACGCGCAGGAGCCAGGGGGGUACUUUAUAGUAAGAGGGAACGAGAGGCUGAUCCGGCACAUGAUAUCAUCCCGCUCUAACUAUCCCAUAGGGGUUAAGCGUAAGCAGUUCAGAGCGAAGGAUGCCUUCAACACCGAGUAUGCAAUAAUAAUGCGAUCGCAGAGACGGGAUGGUACAGUUGUGGGCAACGUCCUUUGUUACACCGAGGACGAGCGGUGCGUGCUGAGGGUGGCAAUAAACAAGGUUAUUAAGACGAUUCCAUUUGGCACGCUUUUGAAGGCGGCCAAGCCGCACAUGAGCACUUGGGACCUGAAGAAGCGGCUCUUGGAGGACUUUUUACACAACGAGGAGAUGACUGUUCACUUUUACAAUAUUUUCCAGAAUAUGAUUUUUUUAGAGCCACUGGUAGCAGAUGUGGAUUUUGUUGAAAAUAGGUAUUUACACCAGUUGGGAAAGGCCUGUUGGCACAGGGUGCAUACGUUUAUGAGGCCUGGUUCGAGCCUUGCUGAGUGUGGGCUCUUCGUCAUGAAGAAUUACAUAUGCGUACAGAGCGAAUCACUGGAUGACAAAUUUGAAUGCCUGCUUCACAUGUUUAAGAAAUUGAUAUUGCUUGCUAGGGGUUACAUAAUACCGGACCAAAUAGAUUCAUUGGCAUUUCAGGAGUUGACUCUCCCUGGUCAGAUCUACGCAUCAGUGCUGAAGGAGAGUCUGUACAGUGCAUUAACCAAGCUAAAGUCCCUUUACAGCAUAGAGGUGGCGAACUUCAAGAAGUACUUGGCAACAGUGGAGGGGGUGGAUGAUAUGGAGAAAGUUAUGUUGGAGUUCUGCAGUAAUAUAUCAUUAUUCAACUACCUUACAGAAAAGGUUGCCCCUGAAGUUCCAAGCAAGGUUAAUUAUUUCCUCUCUACGGGGAAUAUAAACAGUUCAUAUUUUGAAUUUCAGCAGAACCUCGGGUGGACUAUAAUUGCGGAUCGCAUGAAUUACUUCCGAUUUAUGAGUCAUUUCCGUAGUGUACACAGAGGCAAUGCUUUUACGCAAAUGCUUAGCACUAGUAUGAGAAAACUAUUGGGUGAAUCCUGGGGCUUCCUCUGUCCGGUUCACACGCCAGAUGGCACUCCAUGCGGGCUGCUGACCCACCUCUCCAAACAUGCAUGGCCGCUUACCAGUGCCCCAGACUCGGGUACUAUGGGAGCGGUCAGGAAAUUCCUCAAAGACCUGGGGUAUCCCCUAGACCUAAGGGCACCAGGAGGCAUAACACUGGACUACAGAUACGUACACAAGCCCGUGCCAGUGGUUGUAGAUGGUAUUCCCAUAGCCAGAAUACCCAGUGACGACGCACCCCAGCUCAUGGAUGCAUUGAUCAGCGCUAAACUCGAGGGAAUCAAGGGGAUACGGAAAGACUUUGAGAUAUUCAGCACGUGUGAGGCAAAAGGUCAGAUGGAAUACAUAUACGUACUCACCUUCCCUGGACGUAUGGUUCGUAUGGUUAAGAACUUAAAAUUCGACCGCGUCGAAUUGAUUGGUCCCAUAGCCCAGCAAUGGUCCUUCAUCGCAAUCAACACCGCCGAACUGGACCAACAUAGAGCCAGAAUUAAACUAGAAUAUAACCUAUCGUCUAAUCCACAAUCUAAUCCACAAUCUAAUCCACCAUCUAACCUACCAUCUAACCUACCAUCUAACCUACCACCUUACCCGUCGUUCGAAAGUUAUAAACGCAUAGAUAAAUUAUUGGAAAACAUUCCCGUACAUUACACACACAUUGAAAUUGAACCACAUGGAAUACUCUCAAUAUGCGCCAAUUGUACACCCUUCAGCGACUUCAACCAAAGCCCUAGGAAUAUGUACCAAUGCCAAAUGCUUAAACAAUCCAUGGGAAUACCUGCACACUCACAACCCCUGCGGAGCGAUGGAAAACUAUACAACCUAAUUACACCGCAGUCCCCCCUCGUAUCCACCAGCGACUACCGUCGCCUACACCUAAACAAUUAUGCCACGGGUGCCAACGCCGUGGUGGCCAUCAUGGCCUAUACGGGCUUUGACAUGGAAGACGCAAUGGUCAUCAACAAAUCCUCCAUUGAGCGCGGGUUCCUACGCGCCACCCUCUGCAGGACGAAGGUCCUGGACGCCGCCCCGCCUGGAUGCAGUGCAAAGGAAGGGCACUGCUACGUGUUUCGGGGGCCCUCUAAUGGGCCCUUAGAUGCAGACGGACUGGUACGGGUUGGGCAACUGAUAGCCAACGGCUCGCCUCUGGCUCGCAUAGAGUACGCAGGCACUGGAGCAGGAGCCCGCCCACGCGUUGAGAUGUAUCGGGAAGAGGAGCCGGCUCGGGUCUCAAGCGUUACGCUUGUCACCCCAAAUCCUUCGAGGAUUGACAAGUGCGUUGAAUCAGCCCCUUGCAGUCGUGCGAUAAUCCGUUUACAAUCAGUACGCGUGCCCGAUGUUGGUGACAAAUUCGCCAGUCGACACGGGCAAAAGGGGAUUUUAUCAAUGACUUGGCGCCACGAAGACAUGCCAUUUACGGAAUCUGGGAUAGUGCCUGAUAUUCUUUUCAACCCGCAUGGGUUCCCCUCUCGAAUGACCAUUGGCAUGUUGAUUGAGGCUUUGGCAGGCAAAUCAGCCGCCGUGACUGGUGAGGUGGGGGCCGAUGGAACGACCUUUUCCCACUGCACUGGGAGCGAUCCAGUGGCCUAUUUUGGUUCUGUACUUAGGCGCGCUGGGUUUAGGUAUUAUGGCACGGAGGAUAUGUACUCUGGCGCAACAGGAACUACAAUUAAGACUAGCAUAUUUACUGGGUGCAUAUAUUAUCAGCGUUUGCGCCACAUGGUAGCGGACAAGGCCCAGGUUAGGUCUACUGGUCCAAUUGAUUCCCUAACGCAUCAGCCCGUGCAAGGUAAAAAGCGACACGGUGGCAUACGAUUUGGGGAGAUGGAAAGGGACUCGCUAAUAUCUUAUGGUGCUCCAUUUUUAUUGCAGGACAGAUUACUAAACUGUUCCGAUUUACAUUUAGCCUGCAUAUGUCCCGAGUGUGGUUCGUUGCUUAGUGCUUCUACGGGCCCAAACGACUCCCAGGAUAUGAGGGAUACCACCAAACCGCCGGUCUGUACAGUCUGUAGCGUGCCCUGUCACUGGGUCAGGAUACCGUACGUGCUGAGGUACCUGGCCAAUGAAUUGGCCUCAAUUAAUGUGGGGUUGAAAUUCACUUUGCGUCAAUUUGGCCAUGCCGUAAGGCGCCGCACUGCGCCUGGUCGUAUGCCUCCACCCCCCAUACAGUGA